AUGGCUGCUUUCAACGUCCACGACUACAUCAACGUUGAAGAGUUCUCCUUGCCCCAGGCGGUGUCGUGCCACAUUCUUCAAAUUGUCAACAUCGCCGAAUCGCGAGAGAAGUCGCUUGAAGAAUGGAAGUACUACGAUAACCCCAACACCGCUCCGUUUGAACGAAUGGAACACGUAGGUCGACCAGUCAUCUACGGAAUCGACUUGGACGCGACAGAAAACGAGCCUCGGCCCCAGUCGCCAGGCACUUACAAGCUUCUUCUUGAUGACGGACACGGGCAUCAGUUCUAUGCGUUUGAGAUGGAAGAGCUUCCGUUUCUCCACCCACGAGAAAAAGCCACGCUGAACCCUUUGCCUGUGCCUUUGGGCGGCCGCUUGGUGCUCCAGAAAGGUACUACUGUUUGCGAUGGAAUGGUGUUGUUACGAAAACACCAGUGCCAGUAUUUGGGUGUCGACACCAGUACUGGUUUGGCGAAAGAACUCAAUGCUGGCGUUGUGAAAAAGUACAUUCAAAUAAUGGAGCGGAGUUGA